UCUAGUGGGAUGAUAUUGGGUUCUCUCUCUCACCUGUCUUUCCAUAUCUCUCUUUUCUUUUUUCGCUCACUGUCUUCCCCUCGAUUUCUCAGGACAUCAAUAACAUUAAUCUUCCUCUUUCACGAAACAAAGAUCCAUUCUUUUCGGUUCGGUCUCUCCUCCGGGGGCACGAAUCAAGAAAGCUUGAAGCCAUGAAAGGCACCCAGAAAGAUUCGUCUGAGAAACCCGGAACGUUGUCGGCAACCCGACCCGGUCCAAAACUAAUGGUUUGGCUCAUCUGCUUCAUGGCUUUCACUUACAUUAUCUACAUGCUUAAGCUCGUCUCCACCUCACGCUCUUGCGACGAUUCCAUCACCUUCACCACUCUCUCCUCCACCAACGUCUCCUCCUCCUCCUCUUCUGCGCUAUUACCUUCACGGCGGCGCGAGUCGGAGGAAGAGAAGGUGGAAGAAGACGAGCCAACCGAUCUCAACCACGUGGUGUUCGGGAUCGCCGCGUCGUCGAAGCUUUGGAAACAGAGGAAAGAGUAUAUCAAGAUCUGGUACAAACCAAAACACAUGCGUGGCUACGUCUGGUUAGACAAAGAAGUUAAAAAGAACAGCAGCGACAACAACGACGAUGAUAAUCUACUUCCGACGGUGAAAAUCUCCGCCGGGACAGCUUCUUUCCCUUACACGAACAAGCAAGGGAAACGCUCGGCGUUGCGGAUCUCGAGGAUCGUGUCGGAGAUGCUGCGUUUGGGUCCGAAAAACGUGAGGUGGUUCGUGAUGGGCGAUGACGACACGGUUUUCGUCACGGAUAAUCUCGUAAGGGUGUUGAGGAAGUACGACCACGAGCAGAUGUAUUACAUUGGGAGCUUGUCGGAGUCUCAUUUGCAGAAUAUAUUUUUCUCGUACGGGAUGGCGUACGGUGGAGGAGGGUUCGCUAUUAGUUACCCGUUAGCUAAGGCUUUGAGCAAGAUGCAAGAUCGGUGUAUUCAGAGGUAUCCUGCAUUGUAUGGUUCAGAUGAUCGCAUGCAAGCUUGUAUGGCUGAACUCGGUGUUCCACUUACUAAAGAACUUGGGUUUCACCAGUACGACGUUUACGGGAACCUCUUCGGUCUCCUAGCCGCACACCCAGUAACACCGUUCGUCUCAAUGCACCACCUCGACGUUGUGGAACCUAUCUUCCCAAACACGACGCGUGUCCGUGCCCUCAAGAAACUAACUGUACCGAUGAAGCUCGACUCAGCCGGGCUUCUCCAGCAGUCUAUAUGCUACGACAAGCACAAGAGCUGGACAAUCUCUGUCUCGUGGGGCUACGCUGUCCAAAUAUUCCGAGGCAUAUUUUCUCCCAGGGAAAUGGAAAUGCCUUCUAGAACGUUCUUGAAUUGGUACAAGAGAGCGGACUACACUGCUUACGCAUUCAACACUAGGCCGGUUAGUAGGCAACCGUGCCAAAAACCGUUUGUGUAUUACAUGUCGACCACGAAGUUCGACAAGCAGCUGAACACGACGGUUAGUGAAUACACGAGGCACCGGGUUUCGCAUCCGGCUUGUAAGUGGAAGAUGGCAAACCCGGCUGAGAUUAACACCAUCGUUGUUUACAAGAAACCUGACCCUCAUCUAUGGGAAAGGUCACCGAGGAGGAACUGUUGCAGAGUAUUACAAACGAAGAGGAAUAAUACGUUAUGGAUCAAUGUUGGUGUAUGUAGAGAAGGUGAAGUCACUGAAUUAAAGUAACUUUUUACUUUUUUUUUUUAAUUUUGUAAUACAAAUUAACCUUUUAUAUAUAGUUUUUGUUGUAUUGAUUUAAUUUUUGAAUGAGAAGAAAAAUUAGUUUGUAGGCUGUCUUACCCCUUCGCAAUUUCUUUGUUUCGCGAUAACACCAAA